CCCACAGGCUGGUAUAAAGUGCUGUAACCCCCUAGGCAAUGUGCCAAGGCUGGCGGGCAUCAGGGACAGGGCUUUCCACAGCCAUGGCCCAGCAAUGGGGACCCCACAGGUUUGCAGGCGGGCAGCCUCAGGACAGCCAUGAGGACAGCACCCAGGCAAGCAUCUUCACCUACACCAACAGCAACGCCACUAGAGGCCCCUUUGAAGGCCCCAAUUACCACAUUGCUCCCAGGUGGGUGUACCACCUCACCAGCGCCUGGAUGAUCCUUGUGGUCGUCGCAUCUGUCUUCACUAAUGGGCUUGUGCUGGUGGCCACCAUGAGGUUCAAGAAGCUGCGCCACCCUCUGAACUGGAUCCUGGUGAACUUGGCAAUCGCUGACCUAGCAGAGACCAUCAUCGCCAGCACUAUCAGUGUUGUGAACCAGAUCUAUGGCUACUUCGUGCUGGGCCACCCUCUGUGUGUCUUGGAGGGCUACACUGUCUCCCUGUGUGGGAUCACGGGUCUCUGGUCCCUGGCCAUCAUUUCUUGGGAGAGAUGGCUGGUGGUUUGCAAGCCCUUUGGCAACAUGAGAUUUGAUGCCAAGCUGGCCAUCGUGGGCAUCACCUUCUCCUGGGUCUGGGCUGCUGUGUGGACGGCCCCACCCAUCUUUGGUUGGAGCAGGUACUGGCCUCAUGGCCUGAAGACGUCGUGCGGCCCCGACGUGUUCAGCGGCAGCUCAUACCCUGGGGUGCAGUCCUACAUGAUCGUGCUCAUGGUCACGUGCUGCAUCAUCCCCCUCAGCAUCAUCGUGCUCUGCUAUCUCCAGGUGUGGCUGGCCAUCCGAGCGGUAGCAAAGCAGCAGAAAGAAUCUGAGUCCACCCAGAAAGCUGAGAAGGAGGUGACACGCAUGGUGGUGGUGAUGGUCCUCGCAUACUGUGUCUGCUGGGGACCCUACACCUUCUUUGCAUGCUUCGCUGCUGCCCACCCUGGCUAUGCCUUCCACCCUCUGAUGGCUGCCCUGCCAGCCUACUUUGCCAAAAGUGCCACCAUCUACAACCCCAUUAUCUAUGUCUUUAUGAAUCGGCAGUUUCGAAACUGCAUCUUGCAGCUUUUUGGGAAGAAGGUUGAUGAUGGCUCUGAACUCUCCAGCGCCUCCAAAACAGAGGUCUCAUCUGUCUCUUCAGUGUCACCUGCCUGAGGUCUGCCUCCUACCCAUUCCACCCACUGGGGCUUUGGCCACCUCUUCCUCCCCUUCUCCUCCAUCCCUAUGAAAUAACUGUAAUUUCUCUUUGCCAAAACCAA